AUGCUUCUAUCCCCGCUGGAGAAUACGGCAUUUCAGACCUUCACUAUGAGUCGUGGUGCCUACGCAAGUCGUCCCCCUCGGCCGUCAUCUACAGUCUCAUCCACAUCGUCGACUUCAUCCACAUCAUCACGGACGUGCGCUGUUUCGUUGGACUUUCCGAGCAUCCAGAAGCUUAUACAUACUGUCUUCAGGUCUACAAGAAUCACAGUUGAGCAAGCAGAGAGAUUGCAAAGCCGCAUUCACCAAGUCUACCUAGCGAAGCUUGCAGACGGGUAUUCACUUGUGCUCAAGUACCCGCCUCCAGCAAACGUACGUCUUCUCCGCCACGAGAAACACACACUGGACUCCGAAGUCAGGGCAUUAGAAACCUUGCACCAGCAUACACAGAUCCCGGUACCGCGCAUAAUCAAGUACGACAGCCAUGGCGGGCAAUUCGGCUCGCCCUACCUCAUGUUGAGCCACCUUCCAGGCCGCAGACUAUCUCAAGUAUCAUCGCGGCUUACGGCUGCCGAGCGAAGCACCAUCGAUCGAACACUAGGUUCCUACGUCCGCUGCCUGACAACGAUUUCUGCACAACAAUUUGGCAUGAGCCACCGAGUUCUUGAGAACAGAGGAUCCCAAUCAUGGAGCGAAGCAUUCUUCGCACUUCUCGAAGCUGCUUUGCGCGAUGCUGAGGAUAUCCUGGUCACAAUACCAUACGACAGCAUCCGAUACUACACCACCAAACACAGCCAUGUCCUAGAUGAAGUUACACAGCCAAGGCUGGUCGCUCUUGAUGUCUGUAGCCCAGACAACGUGCUCAUCGACGAGAGUACGAAGAAAAUCACCGGUCUUGUCGGCUUCUCCAACAUUGUGUGGGGCGACGUGCUUAUGAGUGGAGGUCUUGCGGAUGGCAGCGAAGCGUUCUUCGAAGGCUUUGGCGAGUGCCCUCUGCGGACCGGCAGUGUCAAGAUCCGACUACUAAUGUACACCGCCUAUCGCGCAAUACUGACGAUUGUGGCUCAUCACUACCGUCCACACUCCAACAUUGAUGACCUCAAGGUGCGACGCGAGCUCGUAUGCGCACUUAAUGAACUUGCACGAAUGUGA